UUUCUAAAGCAAUACAAAAUAUUACUCAUCCUUCGGAAUCCAAAAGACACAGCUGUGUCUUAUUACCCUUUUACAAACAAUAAUCCCGUGCUUCCUUCAUAUGAAUCUUUCGACUUGUUCUUCAAGGAUUAUAUAACUGGAAAUGUAAUCUAUGGAUCGUACUUUGAUUUUACUCUUCAAUGGGAGAAACAUAUUGAUGAUGGAAAUAUCCUUGUACUAACAUUUGAAGACAUGAAAACAGACCUUUCAAAUGAGCUGAGAAAAAUAAGUGACUUCUAUGGCUUAGCUCUGACGGAUGAGCAAAUCAAAGUGGUACAGGAAAAAACGACCUUUUCAUCUAUGAAGGAGAAUUCCAGUAACACACAUUGGCAUCUUGGGAAUGUUUUCUUCCAAAAGGGUAAGUUAUUAAAACCGAUUUAUUCUGUGUUGUACAAAUAA